AUGCAACAACAACCACCACCAUUCAAUCACACCAUUAUUGACGAAGAUGAUCUAGUGGCAUUAUUACCACUUACCGAAUCUUCAUCUAGCAUCAACAAUAAUUCUCAAGUCGUAGGUUCAACCUCGACCACUGUAACAACAACAAUGCUCCCAGCUGAGAUUCAUGACACUUCGUUCAAGCAACAACAACAACAACUUUUAAUGGAUGAAUCCAACAACCCGACGGCUGAGGAAGACACUUUUAUCAUACCUCGACUUCCUUUGACCGUUACGACUUCCUCCUUUACUUAUCGAUCAUCAUCACCAAAGACGUUGUCUGGUAUGACAACAUCAAUGGUGGACAAUACCACCAUUUCCACUCAUUCUUCACAACCAACCAUGCAACAACAACGUGUCACUCCAGGUAGUAGCCACACAAAAUCGUCAUCUUCAGCCACAUCUAUACAUGCAAAUUCAGUCAGUACUACUCAUUCGACGUCGAGUCCUCUCACACUCAUGGUAAAAUAUGUAAAUUCGAAUAAUGGAAAGGAAUUAUAUAGCACAUUAAUAAGAAUGGAGAAAUAUCCUGAAUCGCUAGAAUUCGUUCAACAAGUCACAUUGAAAAGGUGGAAUGAUAAGUGUGAAAUUGUGAAUACAAAUCUACAACCAACAACACACCACCUUAAAACAUCUUCUCCAUCCUCAAUAAUCUUAACCGGAUCUUCGAUUUGGAAAAAGCGAGAAACUCCAUUUUCAAGAAUAAGAGUUCAAUGCACGGAUCGAUUUAAUUCCCGAAUUCAACUAGAUUUAGAUAACACGUUUUUGAAAGAUUUUAAUCUCAAAGAGAAUGAUUUGCUGUGGGUUCUUGUUUGA